GUCGAUUGAUGAUGGAUGAAAACCGACUCAACUGAUAAUGGAUAAAGAUCGAUACAACUGAUGAUGAUUGACGACCAACUCAACUAAUGAUGGAUGAAGACCAGAAUUAUUCCAUAAAAACAUUUGCAAUACGUGACAUUUUGGAACCCGAAAGAAUUGACCCUGAACCUCAAAGAUCUGCAGGUGUAUGAAUAAAAUUUCUCUAAAUCUUCAACCUUCAAGUAACGAAGCGAUAAAUCAGAUACAUGAAGUGACUAAUAACGUCUUUGACUUUGCGAAGGAUGCAAAGAAUGAAAUUAAAGGCAUGAAAUUAAUACUAUAUAAUACCCAGAAUAGUACAGAAACGAUGUUUCGAUAUAUUACAGUUACACUACUCUUAUUAAGGUAGAUUUUUAUGGAUUAUUUUAUUCGUGAAAAUAAAUAUCAUUGUUUCUACUAUGUUAUAUUUCGAUUUCAAAUUAAAUGAGAUACUUUUCUAACAAUAUGUUUUCUCCUUUGGCAAAACUUUCUAAAUUUUCGAAGCAUUCUAAAAAAUUCUCAAAAAUUCAACGUAGCACCUUGUUUCAAACCUUUCAUCGUAGAUAUCCUUCAUUUAUCAAACAAUAAUUGUUUUAACUUCAUUGUUUGCUAUUUUAUUUAUCUUCCUAAAUAUUUUUUAUUAAAAUGCUUAUUAAACAUCUAACGGAAAAGAUUGAAACCGAAGAACCACCACGUUUUGAAGCGGGUGAAGUACCAGAAGAAGCAGAAGAAGAGCCUGAAGAAGAGCCAACGGAAGAUGAAUUGCCCGAAGAAGAGAUUGUUCCUGUAGAAGACGUGCGAAGGCCAGAUGAAAUGGGGGAAGAGGAUGAGAAAGAAGAAGACGAGGAUGAAGUAGAAACUGCAGAUGUAGGUCAUUAAGAAGACGAAUACAAAGUUGACGAACCUGUACGUGCUCCAAUAACUCCUGGGUAUGCCACAGAAGACGAAACUGAUGUAGAACAAGAUGAAGGCGAUGAGGAUGAAGCAUACGCAGUUCCAUAGUGAACAGCCCUCGACUUUGUGUAAAUACGGUGAAUAAAAUUUGUAUAUUUGCGAGGCUUAAAAUAACAUUCAAAUAAAUUACCUUCUAAAUAAUUUGGAAUU